CUUUCCUAUUAUGCUCACUUCCUGAGCAUGCGCAAUAGCCCCCCCAUCCCGCAGGAGAAGGGCGCCUCUGAGCUUGCAAAGAGAGCAGUUCAUUCCUCCGGUUCCGGCUGCUUGCUUGCAAGGUUCGUUUUGGACCGGGGAAAGGUCCGAAUGAGCAAAACUGAUUUUCAAGCAGGAAGGCUUGCUAGAGCCCCGAAAAACCCUCCUCUUUAAACAAAAAUCACCUAUUCUUUAUUUUCUUAUUUCCCUUCCUUGGUAGCCGGGCUCUCAAGCUAAGAGGACUCCGAGAGAGAAAACCCCAGGUGGGUAGGAAAAAACCCACACACACACCAAACGCCCCAUGAAACUGUAAACGAGCUGCUUUUACGCCCAGGAGCAAAAUCAGGUGGCGAACUCCAGCUCCCAUGAGCCCCAGCAAUGACUAGGGAUGAUGGGAAUUGUAGUCCAACGCUAUGGGGGGGGCGGCGGAAUUCCCAGGUCGAUGAAUGCCAUCUGCAGAUUGGCUGAGGUUCUAUGCAUGCCAGGAAAGGGUUAAAAUGCAUGCCAUUUUUAAAUGCUCUUGUCUUAAAAAAACCACACCAGCAUUCUCUGCGAAAGGAAAGCUUGACAUGGAACAGCCUGGUUCUAGCAUUGAUCAAUGCUGGUUUUUUUCCUGCAGCGAGAGUUUCCGUUUGGAAGCAAUGCUAUCCCUCCUUUGCAACCUGAAGUGGCACAGGCCAUUCUAUCUGGGGAGACACGCUUUUAUUGCAGAAUGUUUGAUUUAGUUGGUUGGUUGCAGUGCCAGAUUUACGUAUAAGGUAAACAAGCUAUAGCUCAGGGCCCCACUCCCUUGGCCCACCCCCCAAAUUUCACUAUUAAUAUACUGUAAAGGUAAAGAGACCCCUGACUGUUAGGUCCAGUCGUGACCGACUCUGGGGUUGUGGCACUCAUCUCGCUUUAUUGGCCGAGGGAGCCAGCGUACAGCUUCAGGGUCAUGUGGCCAACAUGACUAAGCCGCUUCUGGCGAACCAGAGCAGCGCACGGAAACACCGUUUACCUUCCCACCGGAGCGGUACCUAUUUAUCUACUUGCACUUUGACGUGCUUUCGACGUGCCUUCCAACUUGGCGGCCAUCACUCAUUACCUCUUUGGGAGCAGACUUCUUUUGUCUGCCUUAAAUCUUGCAACAUUGAGCUUCAUUGGGUAUUCAAGAAUCCUGGUGUUUAGGCCUUUACGCCUUAGUAAGUGUGCGUAGGAUUGCAGCCUAAGCCUUUACCAGUUCAUUUUGAUGUCACGUAGCUUUUCUCUUUGUGCAUGGGGCCAGAAAGCCCAAAAGUAAAUCCCAUUUGUUACUGUCUCCGCUAGGGUACCGCGCUGAUUUGGAGCAAAAUGGCGAUGGAUGUUACUUUCCUGGGAACCGGGGCUGCCUACCCGUCUCCAACGAGAGGGGCCUCGGCUACGGUGGUCCGUUUUGAAGGAGAAAGCUGGUUGUUCGAUUGUGGCGAGGGGACGCAAACCCAGUUCAUGAAAAGUCAUCUGAAAGCAGGUCAGCAAACUCCAUUGUCUCUCGAGUCAGAUAUAACCAACAACCUCUUUUCUAAAGUCACUGGUAGAAGCUAAAAGUUCUAGCCAAGCUGGCAGCUUUGGAAAAGUAUGUGUUUCCAGUUCCAUGCUUAAGGCUGCAAUCCUAUAUACCAAGGUGUUGCCAACCAUUUAUUAUCCCAUGGAGGCACAGGUCAAUUCUGUGUCCAGCGCAGUUGUUUACCAGCUCUAUCUGGUACGCAGGCUGAGACCCUAUCUGCCCGUGGACUGCCUUGCCAGAGUAGUGCAUGCAACCAAGUAGUGGUUACCUCCCGCUUGGACUACUGCAAUGCGCUCUACGUGGGGCUACUUUUGAAGGUGACCCGGAAACUACAACUAAUCCAGAAUGCGGCAGCUAGACUGGUGACUGGGAGCGGCCGCCGAGACCACAUAACACCGGUCUUGAAGGACCUACAUUGGCUCCCAGUACAUUUCUGAGUACAAUUCAAAGUGUUGGUGCUGACCUUUAAAAACCCUAAAUGGCCUCGGUCCAGUAUAUCUGAAGGAGCGUUUCCACCCCCAUCGUUCUACCCGGACACUGAGGUCCAGCGCCAAGGGCCUUCUGGCGGUUCCCUCACUGCGAGAAGCCAAGUUACAGGGAAACAGACAGAAGGCCUUCUCGGUAGUGGCGCCCGCCCUGUGGAACGCCCUCCCACCAGAUAUCAAAGAGAACAACAACUACCAAACAUUUAGAAGACAUCUGAAGGCAGCCCUGUUUAGGGAAGCUUUUAAUGUUUGAUGUAUUACUGUAUUUUAAUAUUUGGUUGGAAGCCACCUAGAGUGGCCUGGGAAGUCCAGCCAGAUGGGCGGGGUAUAAACAAUAUAUUAUUAUUAUUAUUAUCAUUAUUAUUAUUAUUAUUAUUAUUAUUCAUUUGAUGUUUUAUUUCAUAUAAUAUUUAUUGAUUUUGUUAAGAAUGACAAACAGAGCCAAGAAUGCAAUAAAAUGAAGAAUCUAAAGUGCAGGCCAGGAGGCAUCACAAUAAUAAAAUAUUGACUCAUACUGAUUAUGAUAAUCGAUAAUGGGUGGCAUGCCUAUCUAAUUUAUGAGAAGGUGAAGUCUUCCUGAAUCAUCUAAUAAGGAAAUCAUUAUAUAUGAUCUGGAUAAAAUAUAAAGGAAUAUUGGAACCAAAAUUACCUCUGUGGACCUCGCCGACAGAAGCGAUGGCAGUUAAGAAAAAGAACAACUCCAUAUGCCUGUUCUAAAGGUGGAACGGAACUAUAUCCUAAUAUAUUUGUACUUCUCUGGUGUGAACUUCUGUUUUCUCCAUGUGCUGUUUUCAAAGUAUGCCUCCUGAAUUCUCUCAUCUCUAAUCCAUUGUUGUGUUUUUAGGUAGGAUUGCCAAGAUCUUUAUAACACACCUCCACGGCGACCACGUCUUUGGCCUGCCUGGGCUUCUUUGUACGAUCAGCCUCCAGAGUAGCCCUGCCACAAACAAGCUGCCGGUUGAGAUUUAUGGACCUCUUGGGCUGAGGAGCUUCCUUUGCAGAACUUUGGAGCUUUCCCACUCGCAGCUCACCUUCCCCUGGGUCGUUCAUGAACUGGUGCCUACGCCAGACCAGUGCCCUGCAGAGGAACGGAAGGAGCUGUCUUUUGUGGACGGAGACAAGGUCUCGUCUGAAGAGGCACCAGGAAAAACCCUUCGCCUGGACCCUCUAGAAGACUCGUACAGCUUGGUGGACAACUCUCAGUUUGUGGUGAAGGCGUUUAGGCUGUUUCACCGCAUACCUUCCUUCGGAUUUCUCGUGGAAGAGAAGCCACGGCCUGGCAAACUCAACGCCCAGAAGCUGAAGGAACUAGGUAAUAACAGACCUGCCUCUUACGACCCUUGGGAAAACUGUCCUGUAGCAGGUGUUAUGAAGUUUGUCUUAAAACAGGGACAACCAACAGGUACUCUCUAGAUUUCAUGGAUAUCAAUUCCAAGCAGCCCCUUCCCGCAUGGCCAUUGAUUAUGGAUGAUGGGAAUUUACACCUCUGAAGGGCACCCAGUGGUUACCUCUAGUCUCCCCCCCCCCUUUUUUUAGUGAGACCUGCAACAGAAAGUUGCAGCAUGGAGGUUUCCUGUUCAGGGUGCCAGCCAGCCAAGCCCUCUCCUCAGGGUACUCCAUUCCAUUGCCCCUCCCUUGCCCAGCAGACAGUGUUCUGUGGCCACUGAGCAUGCUCAGUCCUCAUUAGAAUGUUUUUUUUUUGGGGGGGUAAGAUUUUUACAUCGGCAAACUUUGCAAUUUCCCCGAUUGUACCCUUUUGUGUGUGAAUGGUCCUGUUUUGGCUACAGAAGGAUUGAUACUUGAAGAAUGGUUUUGCUGUUAGCAUAUAGGAUGCUCCGCAUCAUGUUAAUCCGGUGGUCCAAUCAACAUUAGCACACACCAUGCCAAAUCCUGGUCAAUGUACUAAUAUUCAUUGGAUCCCAGUCAAGGUUCGAUUUUACCCCCAGGCAGGCUGGGACAAAGCGGCUUGUUUGUAUGGCUCAGCUGGCGUUCUGGAGUGCUCCUGAUCCCCAGCUGAGACACCCCUGGUGUUUCCCCCGCUUGAGUGGGAGCCAGCACUGGGCUGGGGGCUCCUUUAAUUGCUCUGUCGAGGGUAGCGGCAACUGCACACUCCUCAGCCAAGCAAUUAAAGAUACAGAGGGAGGCAGAGUGGGAUGGCGGUUUCACUCAGCGGCAUAUCGCUGGUGAAACCGCCACCGUUCCUGAGUCCCUCUGCUAGCAACGCUCGCUGGAGGAAGUCGCUAGCAGAGGGACUCAGAAGCGGUAGCGGUUUCACCAGCAAUAUACCGCUGAAUGAAGCCGACAUCAUGGUCUGUUCCUGGGCGAUAUAUCAAUAUACGGUGGUACCUUGGUUCUCAAACUUAAUCCUUUCUGGAAGUCCGUUCCAAAACCAAGGCGUGCUUUCCCAUAGAAAGUAAUGCAAAAUGGAUUAAUCCGUUCCAGACUUUUAAAAACCCCUAAAACAGCAAUUUAACAUGAAUUUUACUAUCUGACAAGACCACUGAUCCAUAAAAUGAAAGCAAUAAACAACGUACCGCAGUCACACAAUCAAACAGUAGCCGAACUGGGUUCCACACAGUCACAAAAACAAAACAAGGAGAGCCGCAAAAACGCAAAAUAAAUAGCAGAAACAGACAGACCUCAGCGUAACACUCAAAAUGGAAGUGUGACACACAAAUCGGAAGCGUAAUACUCAAUUCGGAAGUAUAACACUCAAAACAGAAGUGUGGCACUCAGAUUGGAAGCGUAACACUUAAAAUGGAGCAUGUUUGGCUUCCGAAAAAAGUUCGCAAACCGGAACACUUACUUCUGGGUUUGCAGUGUUUGGGUUCCAAGUUGUUUGCGUACCAAGGCGUUUGAGAACUAAGGUACCACUGUAUCAGCCAGGCCUACUUGUAAACGAUAGUCGUACUUAGCAUUUACUUCAGGCAGAGUAUCUCAACAGUUCCCACAACGGCCCUGAACUGUAGGUCGACAUUGUGCUGCUGGCAGAGGUAGCCGUGAGAGAUUUGAGCAGAGGGCUUCCUGGUACACAGCGCCACCUCUUAGCCACUGCUGUACACUUGAUGGAUUCAAAUUCCCACAGCGCCUCUGCUGACUGUCGUGAGCGCUGACGUCACACCGCAGCUCCCGAGUGUGACUAAUAACUUUCCGAGCAGGGGAAACGGCUUGCUUUUGCCCAUAAAAGAGAGUGCUGUGGCACCUUAGGGAAUAAUUAAUUUAGCACAGUGCUUGUGUGUGUGUGUGUGUGUGUGUGUGUGUGUGUGUGUCUUCAAAGCCAUCGGCCUGCUCCAUGUAAUCGCCAUUGGUUUCAUGUGGGAUGUGCUUUCGAGGCCAGUCUUUGAGAUGCCUGCGCUCUUCUUUCCCUUUGCUGUUGCAGACUAAUGCACAUACAGUGGUACCUCAGGUUAAGUACUUAAUUCGUUCUGGAGGUCCGUUCUUAACCUGAAACCGUUCUUAACCUGAAGCACCACUUUAGCUAAUGGGGCCUCCUGCUGCCACCGUGCCGCCGGAGCACGAUUUCUGUUCUCAUCCUGAAGCAAAGUUCUUAACCUGAGGUAAUAUUUCUGGGUUAGCGGAGUCUGUAGUGUAUGUAACCUGAAGCGUAUGUAACCCAAGGUACCACUGUAUUUCCCUCGUUUAGAGACGCAGGUAAUGUUGGUUAAUGCUUCUGAUCAAAUCUGAAAACUUUAGUGCAGAAAUCUAUGCGGGGUAAGAGCCGAGCUCCUUCCACCCCCACCCCCCCAAAAAAGCAUUUCAAAGUAGAGCAUCCUUCAUGUAACAGGGAAGGAAAAAUCAGUAUUGCAUAAGAUUAUAGCUCUACCCUUUUUAUUUUUCAACCAAAGCUAACUGAGAGCUAUAUUUAAUGUGUGGGGUUGUAGUAUCAGGCUGGCCUUGGCUGAAGCACUGCAGAUGUCAUAUUGCAAGUAUUAAAAUAUAUCAUCUAUAGGGCAAAAAGUCAGGUGGCAAUGGAUGCAGCGAGAAAGGGUUGAAAAGGAAUCUGAAUAGGAUGGAACUUUUUCAUGUGUAGAACUCGUUAGACAACAGAAACAAUUCAGUACCUAAAAAUGGAAACCCUGCAUGCACUUUAUUCUAAACUCAGUAUUUCCCCUGCAUAAAAUGUUAAAUCAUACAGACUUGGAAGGGACCCUGAGGAUCAUCUAGUCCAACCCCCUGCAAAGCAGGAAUAUGCAACUGCCCCUUAUGGGGAUUGAACCUGCAACUUUGGAGUUAUCAGCACCACACUCUAACCAUCUGAGCUGUCCAGCUAAAUGUUCUUUAGCAGUGGUCACUGAUGCAGGGAGGGAAUGGUUAUGGAUCUGGGACGGAUCAUUGGAUAGGUACCAUCAGAGGAAAAAGUAUGCUGCAGAAAAUGCCUGCAUAUUUUGCAAAUGUGCAUUCAUAAGGACUAGAAACUUGGUGGCAUGGAUGCGUGAAUUUUUGGGGAAUUGCCGAUUGCUCAAAAGUGUGUUUAAAAUUUUGUGGCAAGCCAAGCUUCUUGACAAAUAGCUUUGGACCUGUGCUUUAAUUUCUAGGAGUCCCACCAGGCCCUAUAUACGGCAGACUGAAAGACGGGGCUACAGUUGUCCUGGAAAACGGUACAACCAUCUUUCCUUCAGAUGUCACGGAAGACCCGCUUCCUGGGAGAAAAGUAUGCAUUUUAGGAGACUGCUCUGGCAUUGUAGGAGACGGAGCGGCGGCCCUUUGUUACGGAGCCGAUCUCUUGGUUCACGAAGCCACGCUGGACGAUGCCCAGGCAGACAAGGCGAAGGAGCAUGGUCACAGCACUCCACGGGUGGCGGCGGAGUUUGCAAAGUUGUGCAAAGUGAAGAAACUGGUUCUGUCUCACUUCAGUCAGAGAUACAAGCCCGCAGGUCAGACUGGUGAAGGAGAUGUGGAUGUCAUGGAGCUGAAGAGGCAAGCCGAGGAGGUAUUGGAUGGCCAAGAAGUGGUGUUAGCCGAGGAUUUUAUGACCAUUGAUAUUCCAAUGAAAAAAGUAACAAUAGUGCCGCCAAAUUAAUUUGCUGAUAGGCUGAACCUCUAGCUAUAGUUUACUUCCAAAUUAGUUUCUUAAUGCCCACUUGGAGGCACUUAUGGACCUGAUUCAUUGGACUUACUUAUGAGCACUUUUCCUACUUGAAAGACCUAAUCCUUGCUUUCCUUUUGACAAAUAUAUUAAUUAAAUCAUCAAAAGACUGGGCUAGCUAGCUUACUUUCUGCUGAAGGCAUAUUGAGCUGGCUUAGCCUUUGAUCUCAGGCAAACCAUUACAAAUUUCAGUUUCCUAAACUAAGCAUUCUUACGAGUCAUAAUGCGUAUCUGUUGAAAAUAGGUUUGGCGUGAAGUGCAAUCUGGGAUGGAAUUAUAAUGGGGAAAAGGUGGGUAGACCCUAGUGCCUGCAGGUGAUAUCAGGCUCCAUGAUCCAUCUGCCAUAACACAGACCUGUGCAACGUGGCAAAAUCAUAAAACAGGGAUUGGAAAUAUGUGCAGUCAGAGAACUCAAGUGCA